UCACAGAUCCCUUUAUUCCCUUCCUUACGGGACAGGUUGCAAACAAAGCAAUUUGUACAGUAAUUUUAUUUGUGGAUGACGCGAUGAGAGAUUUUUCAUAAAGAGAUUUCUGGGUUAAGGGGACUCUCAUCUCUUUUCUUAAAUCAUAUUUUCUAAUUGCCACCGUGAAGUGUUGGUCGUAAUUUAACUACAUGGCCCCCACACCGUGUUGAAUUUAUCCUGAGUUAUAUCACCAUCCGUUUAUCCGAUGUGUGGAUGAUGGGCGACUCGGCCAAAACCCUCCCCGACGGCGCCAUCGCCUUUCGGCCGCGCUCCAACACCCUACAGUCUAAUCCCCGCAAAUCCCCCACCGCGACCGACAGCGCUCUAAAUGACACCCUCACCUUGCAGCACACGGAGCUGGCCGCGCACUACACCCAGCUGCAGACGCUCGUGGAGCGUCUGGAGAAAACGCAGAAGGACUGCGUGAAGCGGGUGCGUCAUCUGGACGGCACUUUCAGCGGGAUACUGCACCGUCUGCCGGUAGAGAAUCAUGCCAAGAGCAACGGGGACGUCGGGACGGCCGCGGAGGGGACGACGUGGGAGGGCGCGGAUAAGGGGGCGCUGCGCGAUCUGGAGGAGCAGGUCUUCGAGUUCCAGGUGUGCUUGGAGAGGAAUCUGCAGUGUGUCGAGACGGCCAUGCGGGAUCUGGUCAGGAGACGGCUCAGACGUGAAUACGUGCAGACCCAGACGGAAUCCACUUCCAUAACCGCCCGCGAUGUCGCCCUACAGACUUCGGAUGAUCCCUCUGCCGAAGAGGACGCUGGCGAGCGCAUCGUGUAUGCUCUUCCCGAUCUGGAGGAGGCCGUGGAGCAUCUCCAGAUCCACGCGGAAUGCCAGACGGAUCUGGCCAUGGAGCACUUCCUGGCCACCGUCAACGCUCCCUUCAGCGCCGUCAACCGCGACAAUGUCCUCAUUAUCUACCGGAAUCCCAAUAUCUACUCCUUUCUCAAACCCUACGCCAUUGGGGUGGGCGGGACGGCGUUGGGCGUGGUGGUGCUGUAUAAAGUGGUCAAAGGUCUGGUGAUGCUGAUGCGUGCAUAAAAACAGUGUGGUAUUCUGGUAUUUUAUGUGAAGUGUCAAAAGACAGCUACUGCUUCUGGAUUAUCGUACAUUUGUUUCGUUUUUGCGGUGAGGAUGAACUGGUUUGAAUUAAGCGGAAAUAAAAUAAG